UUUUUCGCAUUUUUCUUUCAGACUUAUUUUUAUCUAGUUUAUGAGAAGACACUGUGAUACAGAAUCCUAGAUUGCUAGAUAAUAAUUUAGAAACACACUAACGUUCUCCAAUCACUAUGGCUAGUAGAUCUAGAGAACGUUUAUAUGUAACAGUUGGAACCACGAAAUUUGAUUCGUUAAUAAAAGAGAUUGCUUCUAGCCAUAUCUUGGCUGCUUUGAAAAAACUUGGGUUCUGUGAAGUGAUACUGCAAAUUGGUAGAGGUGACUAUAUACCAGAAGACAUUGAAUUAAGUGCUAAUACACCUAAAGUAUCAUACUACCGCUUCAAGGACUCAACUGCUUCUGAUAUAGCACAAGCUGAUCUUGUGAUCUGUCAUGCUGGAGCUGGAAGCAUCAUGGAUGCUUUAGGUGCAGGAAAAUCUGUACUAGUUGUGAUAAAUGAAGAACUCAUGGGCAAUCACCAAAUUGAGUUGGCUGAAAAACUUGCCAAAGAAAGUUUCCUAAACUAUUGCACUGUGAGCAGACUGCAGGAGUCAUUAGAAUCUAUAGACAUGUCCAAACUAAAACCUUUUCCACCAGGAGAGCCUCAUAAAUUUGUUGCAUAUUUAGAUGCAUUGUUAGGUUUUGUAUAGUAUUUAAAUAUCUAUGCAAAUAAAUAAAUUGCAUGUUCAUUAACAAUU